AUGAGAUCCCCAUUGCUCCGACACCAUGUGUUGGCUUUAGCAGUGUGGAUCAACCUUUUGAUCUUUUCUCAUGCCGCUCAAGAUAUUAAUGGAAAGGCUGUUCUCAAACUUGGAGAUAUCGUCCCAGUUGAUACUCCAGGCAGCUACUACUCGGAACUCCAUCCCUGUCCGGCAGCCUGCCUGGAUAACAAGCCCAAUAACUGGACUGUGUACUCUUCAGUUAAUCGUCUGAAUGUCUGCAGUCAACCAAUGCUGUUUGAGGUGGGCAUUCACAAGCCUGUUGACAAAGGAAAUGGUAUCAGAUUGCAUGCAUGCACAGUUGGUGAUAGCCGCAAUGCCAACACCACUGUGAAUGCACUCUUUGAAGCUCCUAGCGAAGCCAAAAACUUGACCAAGCGCGCAAAUCCCAAGUGCGUAGCUGCUACUGCUGCUACCAAGGUUGCCCUCACAUAUGGGCAGCAGGGCACGAGCGACGCUCCAGGUGAUGAUGCCGUGGUAGCCUUGGAGAGCCUGCAGUAUUACUUGGAAGACGACUCAAACUGUGACUCCUCCAUUUUGUUCUCAUACUCCAAUGGCACAGCAGCUGGCAUUUACAUGGGCUCCUCAUUUGACAAACGCACAGUCAAGCCCUUGGUCUCCCAGCUCGUUGAUCACAUCAAGACGUCCAAUCCAGGAGGCUACAUGACUGUUCAAUUGUGCGGUGAUGAGCGCAACUCGAAUCAUGUUCUGGGUCUUGCUGUUGAUACAACGGGAAACGUCGCCUCAGUGCAGAGCGCCAUUCGUUCUUGGUCUAAGGCAGAAUGUGUCAGCGAACUGGACUCGUUUUUUGUCUGGGAAGACGUGCAUAUAUGGGAGUCUACCGCAGACUUGCAGCCAAUCAGGCAAGCAGCUGAACGCGAUCUAGAAGCACGAGCAGAAUGUUCGACAAUCCGGGUGGGAGCAAAUGAAUACUGUCCUGCCCUGGCUUCACGAUGUGGGAUCAGCCUAGCCACCUUCCAAAAGUAUAACCCGGGCGAAUCGUUUUGCAAUAAGCUCGCGGAAGGUCAGCCUGUCUGUUGUACUUCUGGCACAUUACCGGACAUCACCCCAAAGCCUGAGGCAGACGGCACUUGCAACACUUACACCGUACAGCUUGGCGAUGAUUGUUCGAAACUCGCUGCAACAUAUGGGUUGACCGAAAAGAAAAUUGAUGAGUUCAACAGCGGCACCACAUGGGGUUGGAACGGGUGUGGGGAUCUCGAUGCUCACAUCAACAUUUGCCUCAGUAAAGGAAAGCCCCCCAUGCCGGCUCCAAUCUCCAACGCCCUGUGCGGGCCAACCAAGCCCGGUUCCGAAAAGCCUACCGAUGAUACAGAGCUUGCAGAUUUGAACCCUUGCCCGCUGAAUGUGUGCUGCAACAUAUGGGGCCAGUGUGGUAUCACUCAGGAGUUCUGUCUCAAGGAGCCUGGGCCUUCCAAGAAUCCAGGAACUUCGCUUCACCAGAACGGUUGUGUGUCUUCUUGUGGAACAAACAUUAUAAACAAGGGAACUGCUCCAGCACAGUAUGGCCGAGUUGGCUAUUAUGAAACUUGGAAGUUUGAUCGAGAGUGUCUGAAUCUUCGUGCAAAAAACGCCAAUACCGAUGGCAGCUACACGCACAUGCACUGGGCAUUCGCUGGAAUCAAUUCGGAUGACUGGACAGUCAAGAUCAAUGACACAUUCGGUCAAUGGAAAGACUUCAAAGAGCUUGAUGUUAAACGCAUUAUUUCGUUCGGUGGCUGGGGAUACUCGACAGAGCCUGAGACAUAUGAUAUCUUGCGACAAGCAAUGGCGAGCCCCGAGGCCCGUACUACUUUUGCGACUAAUGUUGCCAAAUUUGUGAAGGAUGAGGGCAUUGAUGGCGUGGACUUUGACUGGGAAUACCCAGGGGCCAUAGAUAUCGAUGGCACUCCUCCGGGCUUUGCGACAGAUGGUCCCAAUUAUCUCAAAUUUUUGACCACUAUGCGCUCCAAAUUAGGGACAGGAAGUACCUUGUCUAUUGCCGCUCCGGCAUCCUACUGGUAUCUCAAAUCAUUUCCCAUCAAGAACAUGGCCAAGCAGCUUGACUACAUUGUUUACAUGACGUACUUGCACGGGCAAUGGGAUGCUGGUAACCAGUGGGCCACAGAAGGUUGUCUUGAGGGAAAUUGUCUUCGCAGUCAUGUAAAUCUCACCGAGACUGAAUACGCACUUUUUAUGAUAACCAAGGCGGGUGUCUUGACAAACAAAAUCUUUGUCGGCGAGUCAAGCUACGGCCGUUCAUUCAAGAUGUCAGAGAAGGGUUGUACAGGACCCGACUGCAACUACGAGGGCACACGAUAUGACUCCAAAGCAAAGAAAGGUGUCUGUACAGAUACUGCUGGUUAUAUAUCCAAUGCUGAGCUUGGCCGGAUCAAAAGCUUGAACGCCAACGUGAAAGUUUGGCAUGAUGGGGGCUCCAACAGUGACAUUAUGGUGUAUGAUGACACUGAAUGGGUCGCAUAUAUGUCCCCAGCCACCAAAGGCAGCCGUCGCUCUUACUGGGAAGGCAUGAACUUUGCCGGUACCAUUGAUUGGGCAGUCGAUCUGCAGGAAUACACAGACGAUGACUUCGCAGGCCCCAAUGGCGACAGCAUGGACGAUGACUUCCCAAUCCCGGAAUUACCUGAAUGCAAAGGGUCAUACACUACUCUGGAUGCCAUUCAAGACGACAUAGCCAAAAUACCUAGAGCUUGUGUGUCCCAAUACAUACUUAAGGUUUUGAAAGGCACUCUUGAUUACGCCUUGGAACGUUAUGACAGCAUGAUAGCAGACGACUAUGACAAAGACUUCGACUACUACGCCCAAGCCGUGGUCGACAGUGGACGGGAUCAGGUCGAAAGCUUCAUGUACGAGAAUGGCUCGAAAUACUUCCCCUGCAUUGUGACCGAGGAGGUUCCCGCCUGUAACUAUUGUGAAGGCCAGUGGGGGAAAGACAGCGACGUCUACUGUCGUUACUGCGAGGAUUACGACAAUGGCUGGGACUCAAUUUGUGACCAGCCCGAGGUCCACUGUGAAGGUGCAGAGGUCAGGUACAAGAACGUGACGGAGGAAUGUCCGCCUGAUUACUCAUUGCGUGCGCAGUUACCUCCACGAGAUUCGCGCUGGUCACAGUCGGUGUACUGGCAUCUGGUGGCCUCCAAGGCCAAGAGUUUCUGGGCAGAUUUGUACACCACGAAAGGCAUUGCUCAGGAGAAUAUCAAAUGGGAAGAUGUCCAUCAUUGGGAGUGUGCGCCUAGCGACGAUACAUGUGGAAACCGAGACUGGGAUUAUAACUUCCCUGUGCCCGAGGGCUAUGACAAGGAAGACGUACUCAACCCGAAAGACGUUGUGUCAGACGCUCACAAGAAUGUCACACUCCUCAGCUCUGAGAUGACUAGGGCUCUGGAUGUUAUGACAAAAGGGUCUUUCUCAGUCGAUGCUGAUGAUUUGGUAGACGCAUUAUCGCUUCCAAUCUCUAUGGUUGCGGAUGCCGUUGAUAGCAUGGAGAAGGUCAAGGAAAUUGGAGAGGAAAUCGAGGAGGCCAAGCGGGAGACGAUUCUAAUGGCUUUCCUGACUGCCAUCUUCUUCUUUAUUCCCGUCGUUGGUGAGGUUGCUGGUGCUGUCGGUUCCCUGGCAGCGAUUGGCCGAAUUGUCGCGCUGUUGGGUGAAGUCGGUAAUAUCGCGCUGGACAUCUAUACCAUCGUUGACGACCCUGCUAACGCACCACUGGCUAUUUUUGGCCUUGUUCUCUCCCCAUUGGCUCUUACAGAUGCAGUGGCUAUUGGCCGAGCUGCCAGUGCUCGUCGUUCCAUGUCUGCAGACGAUGUAUCCAAACUGGGCGAAGGUCUGAACGAGAGGCUGAACAAAAUCAGCAACAUUAAGGAUAUGUGUCGGAUCUGA